AGAAAGCUCCCCUUAUCCGAGGAAGACACCGUCACAUCCUCCGGGACGUUCUCGAUGACGGUGGUCCUGAUGAGAGUGGUGCUGUGGGUGUCCGCCUGCCUGCUGCUGGCGUCCGGCGGGUCGGCCUGCGGACCGGGCAGAGGCUACGGGAAGCGGAGGCACCCCAAGAAGCUGACACCGCUGGCCCUGAAGCAGUUCAUCCCCAACGUGGCGGAGAAAACCCUCGGAGCCAGCGGCAAAUACGAGGGGAAGAUCACCAGGAGUUCGGACAGGUUCAAGGACUUGACUCCCAACUACAACCCCGACAUUAUCUUCAAGGAUGAGGAGAACACCAACGCCGACCGGCUCAUGACACAGAGAUGUAAGGACAAACUGAACUCUUUGGCUAUUUCAGUCAUGAAUCAGUGGCCCGGGGUCAAACUCCGGGUCACAGAGGGCUGGGACGAGGACGGCCAUCACUCAGAGGAGUCCUUGCACUAUGAGGGCCGGGCCGUGGACAUCACCACCUCCGACCGGGACAAGAGCAAGUACGGGAUGCUGUCCCGGCUGGCUGUGGAGGCCGGCUUCGACUGGGUCUACUACGAGUCCAAAGCCCAUAUUCACUGCUCUGUCAAAGCAGAAAACUCGGUUGCAGCCAAGUCAGGAGGUUGCUUCCCCGGUUCGUCCUUGGUGCUCCUGGCGGAUGGAGGGACCAAACUGGUGAAGGAGCUCCAGCUGGGGGACAAGGUGCUGGCCGCCGACCUGCAGGGAAACGUGGUGCCCAGCGACUUCCUCAUGUUCAUGGACCGAGACCGGCAGAUAACGCGAGAGUUCUACGUCCUGGAGACCGACGAGCCGCGCCGCAAGCUGACGCUGACCCCCGCUCACCUCGUCUUCGUGACCAACAGCAACAGCAGUGACAGUGGUGACGCCGAGGCCGUGUUCGCCAGUAAUGUGACACCGGGGCAGAGGCUUCUCGUUAUAGGCGACGACCACCCGGACCGCCUGAUCCCCCUGACAGUGAAGCGGGUUUACGUGGAGCAACACGCAGGCUCUUACGCACCCGUAACGUCUCACGGAACCAUCAUAGUGGACCGGGUUCUGGCAUCGUGCUACGCGGUGGUCGGGGAUCACACCCUCGCACACUGGGCCUUCGCUCCGGUCCGGCUGGGGCGCGCGUUCACCUCGCUUGUGGGGAUGUUGAAGGAGCUCAGCGGCAUGCACCAAGCGGACGGCGUGCACUGGUACCCAGACCUCCUCUAUCACAUAGGAAGCUGGCUUCUGGACAGCAGCUCCUUCCACCCGCUCAGCUGAGAUACACACAUCUAGAGCUGGAUUCACACUGGAGCAGAAAAGAAAAGAUUUAAUCCCAGCUACGUCCAGGAUUAAACUACAAAAAUCACAUUUCUUUUUUAUGCCUGUGUUAGGCCUUUGAGACAAGCAUGGGCAUCAGUUAGGCUAAGGUGUGGUAGCCUGUUCUCCAUUAAAGCAAGUCCAGCUUUGAUCUUGUAGUGUUUAUCAUUAUAAUGCAGAGUAAAAUUCCCUUGAAAUUUGUCUGGAAGCUGUAUGUCAAUCAAAUGCAGAUGCCCCGCUGGGCCUGCUGGUGGCACUACAGGAAAGGUCAUGGGGUCAUUAGAAUUUUCAUGUUUCAUCCUCUCGGUAACAUGAAUGUUGUCACCAAAUUUCAUGGCGAUAGAAAAAAAAUGCAACCUUAAGGAUUGGACCUGUUGGUGGCGUUAGAGGAAGGUCAUAGGGUCACCAAAAUGGACAGAUAUCAUCCUCUAGCCCAGUGGUUCUCAACCUGUUGUUCGGGACAUCCCAGGCGGUCGCAAGAGAAAUUUGAGGGGUCGUGAGAUAGCUUAUGGCACUGGUUCUCAAAUGGGAGUACACAUACCCCUAGUGGUACAUUGGAGUACUGCAGCAGGUAUGUGAGAUUUCCGAAAAACGUUAAUUUAAAAAUAUCAGUCAAUUAUAAUUCCUAAAGUAAUUAGCCUUUGCUAUAAUAAGUACAAAAAAGGUAAAUGUUAGUUUGGUAAACCACAUUUUAUAUUCAGUAUUCCCUGUGGCUUUCCUGAAGGUGUCAAAUAAAUGUUUGUUUGGUUUAAACCUGCUGCCGCAGUCGGCGAGCGAGGACGUUUGUUCACUAUGGC